AUGCAAAACCUCACUGAGGUUCUCAAUGCGACUUUAUUGAGCAACUUGUCAGAUUUGGUAUCAUCGACAAGUACGGUAUCAACCAGCACGACUACAACUACCACGACGGAAAUUCCAUUGACUACAUCUUUUCCUCCAAGUGAUCAUACAACUGCAACGUCGAUCGCCUUCAUUUCCUUGGUAGUUUUUGGAGUAGCAUGUGCUCUCAUUGCGAAAAUUGUGAUAAGCCAUAAGAAAAAGAGAGCUGAAUUAAUCGGAUCAGCACGAUGGAGAAUUUCUGCUUCAAGACAAAGCGCAUCUUCGGCUUCUAGUGGCGGAAUGGGCCAAAAUUCUUCAGCCACUUAUCUUCCCAUGGGCCGUGGAGGAAACAAUCGCUCACUGAACAAUCAAAGACAACCGCUGAACUCACUGGAUCACCCGACAGCCGAUCGUCUCGAUUGGGAACGACAGUUCUUCGAUGAUUCCGAAGCUACAAUUAACGUCGAAAUAUAAUUCUGAAUGGAUGUGUAAGUUCUAAAAUGUCGUCAUGUGAUUUUUGUGACUCCUUCAAGGCUCAUCUUCCGCUGAAUAAAUCGUAUUGUCGACUACAUCAAACUCAUCGCGCCAUGUUAAUUUAUUAUUUCCCAUUUUGGUUCAAAUUGAAAUUCCUGGUUGUCAUAAUAAUUCUCCAUUCAGUCGCUUUAACUUCUUCUGUCGCUUUCCCGAAUUCCCUCCCAUCUUCGUGUAGUUUUCAGUUUUAUCUCCCAUAAUGGGUCUAAUGAAAAAUACGU